UGACUCAUCGAAUCCCCACAGCGUCGACUAAAGCAGCCGAGAGCGGGGUGGAAUGUCAGACCGUUGGGUGUACACUUCAGGACCUGAACGAGAUAAGUUGUUGUCUGUGUUUUUUUCCAGACCAUAAUAAGACCCGUCAUAUGCAGGGAUGGAAGAGACACCUCGAGGUGAGGGACAACACCUACUGGAUGAUGUUACUAUAGCAACUAACCUGAGUUUCAUCAGAAGACGCUCUCUCCUUUCCCAGGAUGGAUGGAUGUUCAGAGGGGUUACAAACUCUCCUCUGCUAUGUCUUCUUCUCUUUCCUCCCUCUCUGCUUCUCUCCGUUCUCUCUCUUGUCCUCUCUUUUCUCCUCUCUCCUUUUCCCCCUUUUUCUUCUAUCAUCUCUCUCCUCUCCUCUCUCCUCCUCUUUCUCAUUUUACCAUCUCUCCCUCCCUCCUCCUCUCCUCUUCUUUUUCAUGCUCACCUCUCUCACUCUCUCCUCCUCUCUUUUCUCCUUAUUUUCUCCUCUACUCUCCUAUCUCAUCUCCUCCUCCUCUUUUUCUCUCUCCUCUCUCCUCUUUUUUUCUCCACCUCUCCCCUCCCCUAUGGUGGCUAAUUUUAGUAAGACUGGUUUCCCCUAUGACAUCAUAUCCUGUUUGUCAAGCAGGAACCUACUGCCCCCCCACACACACACACACACACACACCCACACACACACACACACACACACACACACACACACACACACACACACACACUAACACACCAAAGGUCUAGAAUCUCCUCAGCUAGGGGUCCAUUGUGUCUGAACUCCUUGGAGAGAGAGAGAGAGAGAAAGAGAGAGAGAGCCUUUAGAGUAGGACAAUUCACACAGAGUAGAGAGGAGCAGAAGUUGGAGAAAGAGAGGCUAGAACAGAAGAAAGGUGGGGAGAGGAGAGAACAGAUAAGAAGAGGAUAGAUGAGGAGAGGAGAGACUCAAUGAGAAGAGGGUAAAGGAGGAGGGAAGAGACCAGAUGAGAAGAGGGUAGAGGAGGAGAGGAGAGACCAGAUGAGAAGAGGAUAGAGGAGGAAAGGAGAGAGAAGUGACCGGAAGAGUUCAGAGGAGCGGAGAACCGAGAAGAGGUGAGAGGACAGAAGACAGGUGGAGAGAAAGGAGGAGAGGAGAGACCAGAAGAGAGGAGAGGAGAGAGCAGAAACCAGAAUAGUGGAGAGGAGAGGGGAGAGAACAGAGGAGAGGAGAGGAGAAAAGAGUAGAACAGAGGAGAGAAGGAUAACCCCUGUCUUCACGAUGGGCUGUUGUCUAUUUGUUCACCACCGGAAGAAAAGGAAGCAGCAGAGGGAGGUGGAUUCGUUGAGUCUCUGCAGUCUGGACAUCAAUGAGCCCAGUACUAAGAGGACUAGGUCUAUCUCUAAAGUCUCCUCCCUCAUCAGCCUCCUGCCUCCUGUUAAAACUGCUCCCCUGAAACGGAUUGGUCAGACCCUGCAGCGCUCCAUCAGUUUUCGUAAUGACAGGCGUACAGAGGCCCCGGCCCCCUCUCAACCCUGGCCCCGCCCCUCUGUGACUCAGACACGGCCCUUGGCCACGGGGGCGGCGGCCUCCAGCAGUAAGAGGCGAGACAGCAAACUGUGGAGCGAGACGUUUGAUACAGGACACGGGACCCCCCAGAUGCUGAGCCCCCAGGACAUACGCAGACAGGAGGCUAUCUUUGAGCUGGCGCAGGGCGAGCAAGACCUCGUAGAAGAUCUGCAUCUGGCACGAAAGGCCUACCAUGAUCCCAUGCUGAAGCUGUCCAUCAUGACCGAACAAGAGCUGAACCAAAUCUUUGGCACCUUAAACUCACUCAUACCACUGCACGAAGAUCUGCUGUGUCAACUCCGAGACGCCAGAAACCCUGACGGAUCUACAGAGUUGGUGGGACCCAUCCUCACACACUGGCUGCCCUGUCUGAGGCAGUACACAGGCUACUGCAGUAAACAGCUGGCCGCUAAGUCUCUGCUCGACCGGCGGAAGCAGGACCCUCGCGUGGAGGACUUCCUGCUACGGUGCCUCCAGUCGCCCUUCAGCAGGAAGUUGGACCUCUGGAACUUCCUGGACAUCCCUCGCAGCCGAUUGGUCAAAUACCCGCUGCUGCUACGGGAGAUUCAGAAGCACACGGCCAAUGAGCAUCCAGACAAACCGUACCUGGACCAGGCGGUCAGUAUGGUCCAGGGUCUCCUGUCAGACAUCAACCAGAGGACAGGGGAGGCGGAGUGUCAGUACUUUAAGGAGCGCUUGGUUUACGGGCAGAAAAGCUGGAGGGACGGGAUGGUAGAAUGCUCCACAACACUCUGUUGCCAUGGAGAACUGAAGAACACCAGGGGGGUGAAACUGCAUGUAUUUCUGUUCCAGGAUGCCCUAGUUAUUACCAGGUCCUCCUCACUCAACGACCAGCCAAUCAGCUAUCAGCUCUGCCACCAGCCAAUCCCCAUCCAGCAGCUGGUGCUGGAGGACCUACAGGACGGAGAGAUGAGAGUGGGCGGGUCCAUACGAGGAGCUUUCAGCAACAAUGAACGCAGUAAGAACUUCUUACGUCUUUCGUCCCCUAGAGGACAGCAAAGUCACUGUCUCCAGGCCAGCGAUGCCUUCAACAAGCAGCAGUGGAUCAACUGCAUCCGCCUGGCCAAGGAGGCAGCCGUCUUAGAUGUGGAGCCUCUGGAGGCGGGGCCAUCAGCCAAGGCAGGGGCGGAGCCUAUUGAAGAUAUUAAAGCAGCGGCGGAGCUGGAAGGAGUGGAUUAUGGUUCCAGAGAGGAGAAGCAGGAAGAGGAAGAGGAGGAGAGUUGUGAAGAGAGGGGGAGGCGUGUGGGGGCAGGGAUCUCCUCCUCCUCCCACAGUGAAGAGGAGGUGAUGGAAGAGGACCACGCCCCUCUCCAAGAGGAGGCGGGGCAAGCAUCCGACUACCCUGAAAAACAUGCCCCACAGCUAAUCAGAAGAGGACUUUCUUGUGAUGACAUUGCAGGGUAGGAGAUGGGUUCAAGGAUAACUAAACCAGAGAUAUAUGCAUAGAAAUCACAUUGGCCUUUCGAUUGUACGUCAACGUCGCCACCAUAUUGGAGAGGCCAAGACUGGUCUGUUAACAGGUUCAAGUAAACGGGGUACCUGUGGCUUUUCUGAAUUAACUGCACUAAAAGAUUAACAUUUAUCGACCAAUUUCAAUUAGUCCUUUUUAUAUUCAUAUUUAAUCAUAAAUAAUAUAUAUAUAUUAUAUUCGAAAAUAUGUUGAGAAAUGUAAACAGAAAAGUAAAUAAGGAUGUUUCACAGCGACUGGUUGAAGCAGUCAAUAGAGUGUUUAUGAACAUAUGCCUAUGAACCGAGCCCCCUGGCACCCGGUUAGUGCUAAUUCUCGGGUGGCAGGGCUGCUGGCUCCCAUGUAAACGUCCCGUCAGUUCAGUUUAAAUAAUCGGAGGACAAGUGUGUUGCAUCAACGCUUUAUCAGCAGGUAACCGGGUAAACAUAUACCAAUCAUAGAUCAUUCCUGCAAUACCAUGUGUUUGACCUAUAGAUGGGGUCGAAAUUAACCUCUAUAAACCAAUGUCCAUAUGGUGUUUGUUGUCCUGAACUAUACAAGCCAUGUGACUGAAGAUAACGGGACUCAAGGUCGGAGCAGAGCAGCUGAUCACAAAUUCACUGGCUAAACAUAGCAAAAAAUUACAGAUUAUAUGUUCAAGAUUAUAGUAUUCCUACUGAUUUAGAUUAAGAUUGUCAACUAGAAACGUGCAAACAUAUUAUAAUGAAAGUGUUCUAAAAUAGAAAUCCACAAUGACCUAUUUUUGAGGAGUAAGUAAUACAUAACUGCCAUUUUACGAAUUUCAAAUUAAUUAAUAAACAAAAACAGCCUUAAUUUGCAUACAUACAAUUAGUCUAUAUCAUAUUUUUGACAUAACAAGUACCAUUGGACUGUCCAAAGGUGUAAUAACAACUGCUGACUACUCUGCUGUAAAAUUAGUCUCAGAACUUUACAUCGUUACCACAAUUUACUGGUGCAUUUUAGCACCCCAAUUAACAUCAUCUGGUUUGGAUGAAAGGUUGAUAUACAAGCAACAUUCAAAGUGCCCUAUCCUGAUUAAAUCAAGAUCAACAUGUCUUCAACUGAACUGUGUUUGAGAAUAGAAUAAUGUAAAAUACUGAUGCCUUCCUACCUGUGUUCAAUCAGUCAUUGAAAUCCAACUUGUAUCUGAAACAACACUGUGCUUAUUAAAUUCUGAAUGCUGUUUUCUGAUGGAGGCAUGCUACAGUUAAUCAGCAUACCUACCUUUAGUUUACCUUACCCUGAUGCUAGCAAUAUUAACCCAGCCGUUUGGUUUAGUUGUAACCUGAUGCUAGCAGUAGGCUAUAUUAGCCCCGCAAUUCAUCUAGCCAACCCUGAUGCUAGCAGUUGUCUUCUUAUUAGCUGGGCAGCAAUUGUGUGAAAAUAUCUGUAGACAUUAUAAUAAAAUCAAAACAUUGUGAUUCAACUUUUAAAUGUUUUUUAUUUGACUUUGUAUCAAUAUUCCCUGUUAUUUUUUUCUUGACUUUAUUGUUUUUGAGUGCCUCGAAAAAUGCUCUUCAAUUAAAGUAAUACUACAAUACAUUUA